AACGCAUGCAUAAAAUAUAAAGUAAUCACAUCUUCAAAGGUUACUUCGAGCAGACGUUUCAAGUUGGACCCGAGUCUGUAACUGACAAACGUGCCAUUGUGUCUCAGAAUCUGUGAAAUCACGCCAGAAGAUGUCUUUGGUUUGUGCAAUUUCCAAUGAGGUGCCGGAGCACCCCUGCGUAUCUCCAGUCUCCAACCAAGUGUUUGAGCGUCGUCUUAUCGAAAAAUACAUCGCGGAGAAUGGAGCAGAUCCUAUCAAUGGCCAGCCAUUAUCAGAGGAGCAACUUAUCGACAUCAAGGUGUCUCAUCCCAUCAGGCCCAAAGCUCCAUCUGCCACUAGUAUUCCAGCCAUCCUCAAAGCACUACAGGAUGAGUGGGAUGCAGUGAUGUUGCAUAGCUUUACCCUAAGGCAGCAGUUGCAGACCACGCGGCAGGAGCUCUCUCACGCCCUCUAUCAGCACGACGCCGCGUGCAGGGUCAUCGCUCGUCUCACCAAAGAGGUCACCGCCGCCAGAGAGGCUUUGGCUACUCUAAAGCCUCAGGCCGGAUUGGUUGUACCCCAGGCAGCUCCGGCCCAGCCGUCGGUUGUGGCUGGAGGAGAGCCGAUGGAUGUGAACGAGCAGGUGGGAAUGACGCCGGAGAUCAUCCAAAAGCUUCAAGACAAGGCCACUGUCCUUACCACGGAGAGAAAGAAGAGGGGAAAGACCGUUCCAGAAGAGCUUGUCCGAGCCGAGGACCUCAGCAAGUACAGACAAGUGUCAUCUCAUGUUGGCCUCCACAGUGCCAGCAUCCCUGGCAUCCUGUGUCUGGACCUGUGUCCCUCCGACACCAACAAAGUCCUCACCGGUGGUGCGGAUAAGAACGUGGUGGUGUUUGAUAAACAUGAGGAGCAGAUUGUGGCCACACUCAAAGGACACACCAAGAAAGUCACCUCUGUCAUAUACCACCCCUCACAGUCGGUGGUGUUCUCCGCCUCUCCGGACAGCACUAUCCGGGUCUGGUCUGUAUCCGCCGGAAACUGCGUGCAGGUCGUGCGUGCUCACGAGGCCGGCGUGACCGGACUGUCUCUCCACGCCACCGGAGACUACCUGCUCAGCUCCUCUGAAGACCAGUACUGGGCUUUCUCUGAUAUUCAGACUGGACGAGUUCUCACUAAAGUCACUGAUGAAACGGCCGGAUGUGCCCUGACUUGUGCCCAGUUCCACCCUGACGGUCUGAUUUUCGGGACGGGAACGGCUGACUCCCAGAUUAAGAUCUGGGACUUGAAAGAGCGCACUAAUGUGGCCAACUUCCCUGGCCACUCAGGCCCUGUCACCGCUAUUGCCUUCUCUGAGAACGGAUACUAUCUGGCUACAGGGGCUCAGGACAGCUCCCUGAAGCUGUGGGAUUUGCGUAAGCUGAAGAACUUUAAGACCAUCACUCUGGACAACAACUACGAGGUGAAGUCCCUGGUGUUUGACCAGAGCGGGACGUACCUGGCUGUGGGCGGCUCAGAUAUCAGAGUAUACAUCUGCAAACAGUGGUCUGAGGUGCUCAACUUCACAGAACACACUGGGCUGGUAACGGGCGUGGCCUUUGGUGAACACGCCCAGUUCCUCUCCUCCACGGGAAUGGACAGAAGCCUCAAGUUUUAUAGCCUGUAAUAACAAAGCUCCAAUCCUGAAAGUGACAGCUCGGAACCGAUGACUCUCAUUGGCUAAUGCUAAUGAGUAGAAAUUAAAGGCUUUUCCAGUCGUGAUUUCAACUUUCUAAGACUGUAACAUCUCUCCUUUUUAUUCGUUUGGUUUCACUCUGAAUUCAGAAGAGUGUGAGUGACAGAGAAGAAAGCGCAUUACGUAGUUUUUAAACUAUACAGGUUUAACUUAAAAACACCGCCGUAUUCUGCGUAGAUCCAUUUCUUCAUUUGUAACGCAUACAGUUUAUAGAUACAGUUCGAUCCCGUGCUGUAAUGUUUGCCUUUAAUUUUCAUCGUUUCAAAUGUGCAGGUGUGAAAAUUUAUCAGUAUAGUGUAUUUGACCAUUUCAUAUUACAGCUCUUAAACGAAUUAUAUAUUGCAUCCCGUUAGAUGAAACAAACCGUAUUCUGUCUCAAACAGAAGAAACAGCUGCGUGAACUGCGCAUGCGCGUUGGCAUGAGCAUUUAGAAUUUUUGGUUUAUUCAGAACCGUUUUAACACACGUCAUUAGUGCAAACCGAUUUGACUUUGUAUUGGUUAUUUUUAUCCUUGUUUUUAUUCUUAUCCUUUUUUUGUUGAUUGUCAUGUUGCUUACGUUGUUUUACUGUGUACCUUUACCUUGUAUGAUUGUCAGGAUGUUUCGGUGAGGUGAAUUAUAACGAUUUUUAUGUGUAGGAACUAUUUUUACAUUGAGAUUUUGCU